AUGUCUUACAAUGGGAUAGGUUUGAGGACAGCCAGAGGCUCGGGUACUUCAGGUCAUGUACAGAAUAAUUUAGCUUCAAUAUCUGAUGAAGUGAAGUAUGAAGAGUUCAUUAUGGCAAAGAAGCGUAAGGUUGAAAUGGCAGGGAAAGAUGAAGUAAAGGGUGAGUUUGAAAAAGAGAACAAGAAAAUAUUACUAGACCAUAAAUCCAUGAGACAGAUAGAGCUCCAGUGCAUGGAAUUACGAGUGGAAUUAGAAGAAGCGGAUGUAGGAGAUGAAGAAAUCGAGAAUAGAGUGGAGCUCUUACGUAGAGACUUGAAGGAACAAUUGCAUGAAGAUGAGACAAAAGGAGAACAACCAGAGAAGCAACACGAAGAUAAGGGACAAAUCAGGGAAAAACCAGAAAGUGAUGACGGAAUAAAAUCCUCUGCACAGGUAGAAGUUACAGGGACCGACGUUUACAGAUACAUCCCAUUAGGUGAAAGAAAGAUCAGAGAAGGUAAAAAAUGA